AUGCCUCUCCAGAGACUCGACACGAACCCGGCCGACCGCGACAACGGCUCCCUUCUCUCGCCGGUCGCAUACGAUGACGAUGCAUCCUCCAUCUUCAGCCGGAGCGAUCAGGACACAGAUAGCGAAGAUGACCAGCUGCAGCAGCGGGCUCGCAACAGCCGCGAGCUGCGAGCCCACGACCGGAUAGUUCUGAUGGAGGAAGACGACGUGGACCGGCUGGUGACCACGUCGCGCCGUCAGCAGGAACGUCAGCGCCGCAGUUCCAAUCUGGCGGUUCCGAAUCCCUUCAAGAUGUUCGGCCGGCGGCCGAGCCAGUCGAAUAUGGCGGCGGCGGCGAGCUCAACCGAGUCGUUGGUCCUCGAGAAGAGGUCUGCGCGGAGGGAGAGGCGCAAGCAGAAGCGGGAACGACUGCUCGAGCACGCGCAGCAUGGCGAAGACGGCGAGCUCAUGUACGAGAUGGAGGAGGGCGGGAUGCGGGACGGCAGCUCGACGGGCGAUACCACCGAACGCGAGGACAGCGACGAGGUCGACCGGCGGCGCCUCAACAUGAUGGCCAAUGCAAAAGCUGAACGCGGACGCAGCUGGCGGCGCGCUGUCCUGAUCUAUACCCUCAUCAGCAUCGGCUUCGCCAUCUUGGUACUGGUUGCCUGGAAGCUGUCGAGGAAUCGCAAGUCUGCGGCUGUCAAGCCGCAGUUUAUGAGCAACGGCACGGCACUCUUCGCGCCGACGACGAUCAUCAUCAGCCUCGACGGAUUCCGGGCCGACUUUCUGCAACGAGGCAUUACGCCGCACCUGAAUGCGUUGGUGAGAGAAGGCGUCUCUCCCAAGUACAUGCUGCCGUCGUUCCCGUCUGUCACGUUUCCAAAUCACUACACACUGGCAACGGGUCUGUACCCUGAAAGCCACGGCGUGGUCGGCAACACCUUCUGGGAUCCUGAGCUCCGCGCCGAAUUCUACUACACGGAUCCGGAGCGUAGCCUAGAUCCCAAAUGGUGGGGGGGCGAGCCGUUCUGGGCGACUGCAGAGCUGCAAGGCAUCCGCACCGCCGUGCACAUGUGGCCGGGCAGUGAGGCGCACAUCAUGCACAUCGAGCCCAGUUUCAUGGACAAGUACAACGGCAAGGAGAAGUUGCCUAACAAGGUGUCACGCGUAUUGGAGUUCCUUGACAAGCCGGGCAAGGAAGACAAGUCGGCCAAGGUCGGCGACAUGCGGCCGCAGCUUAUCGCCGCGUACGUGCCAGACGUGGAUGCGGAUGGGCACAGGUUCGGACCGAACAGCACUGAGAUUCGGGCCACGAUCGAGCGCGCGGACAGCAUGGUUGGUGAGCUAUACAAAGGCCUGGAAGCUCGCAAUCUGACUCAUAUCGUCAACGUCAUCGUGGUUUCUGACCACGGCAUGGCCACGACUGAUGUGACACGGCUGAUGCAGCUUGAGGACCUGGUCGACACGUCCAAGAUUGAGCACACGGACGGCUGGCCGCUCUACGGCCUCCGGCCAAAGGACGAGAAGGAUCUACAGGGCCUCUACGACGGACUCAAGGAGAAAGCCAAGUCGAACCCCAACUUUGAGGUGUACUUGCGCGAUGUCGACAUGCCGGAGCGUUACCACUUCUCAAACAACCAUCGCAUCGCGCCACUAUGGAUUGUGCCGAAGACAGGCUGGGCCAUUGUCACGAAGAAGGAAUUUGACGUCAAGGAGGGCAAGGAGAAGGGCCUCGUCUACCACCCCAGGGGCCUGCACGGCUACGACCAUGAGCAUCCGCUCAUGCGUGCCAUCUUCAUUGCCCGAGGGCCAGCAUUCCCACAUCCCGCCAACAGCGAGUUGGAAGUUGCAGAGAAUAUCGAGGUGUACAACGUCUUGGCCGACUCCAUCGGAAUGGUGCCCAAGCCCAACAACGGUACACUGCGCCUGCCGCUUAAACCCGUCGGCCAGCACAGGCCAGAGGAUACGCCCGAGGUUCCCGCUGAUCCGCCUCAGUCGUCGGAGACUCACUCGCCCUCGGACGCACCUCUGCGGCCGACGCACCCGGGACAGCUGACUGUCAUUGAACGACCGACGCCUCCUGGACAACCAACCAUCAGCGAGCGGCCGACGAUACCCGCAAAGCCGACCAAGACGGAGGAGAAGCUGGGAGCAACACCUCCACCAAGCAAUGAUGACAAAGGCACCGACGAUGACGACGAUGACGACGACGGCCUGGUGGGCAAGGUCAAGGGUUUCUGGGACUGGUUUACGGGCAAGGUGGAGCACCUUUGGGACAAGAUUGCGGGCAGCAAGUCUGACGAAGAUGGAGAGAGUGGCUGA